AUCCCACACGCGUGUACUUUCUUGCGAAACCCAGAGAGAGUGUGAGGACAACUUUUUUUUUUUUUUUUUUCCUUUACAGAGAGGAAAAAAAUGUUGGGAAUCUUCAGCAGCGCCGUGGUGUCACCGCCGGAAGAGCUGGUGGCCGCCGGCAGCCGAACUCCGUCGCCGAAGACAACAGCGGGUACGCUUCUGAAACGGUUCAUUGAGAACAAGGGGUUGGACUCGGCGGUGUCUCUGCAGGUGGGGGAACACGUGCGGUUGGCUUACACGCACCACAACGAGUCACCGUGGCACCCCAGAUCAUUUGCUGCUAAGGAUGAGAUAUUCUGCUUGUUUGAGGGAGCUCUUGACAAUUUGGGGAGUUUGAGACAACAGUAUGGACUGGCCAAGUCUGCCAAUGAAGUAAUUUUGAUGAUCGAAGCUUACAAAGCCUUACGUGAUAGAGCACCCUACCCUCCCAAUCACGUUGUUGGCCAUCUCAGUGGUGCAUUUGCUUUCAUAGUCUUUGACAAGUCCACUUCUACCCUCUUUGUGGCUUCCGAUCAGAACGGUAAGAUUCCUCUGUACUGGGGAAUAACAGCAGAUGGGUACGUGGCAUUUGCUGAUGAUGCAGAUUUACUUAAAGGUGCUUGUGGCAAGUCACUUGCUUCUUUCCCUCAAGGAUGCUUCUACUCGACAUCAGUUGGAGGACUGAGAUGCUAUGAGAAUCCAAAGAAUAAGAUUACUGCAGUACCUGCUGACGACGAGGAAAUCUGGGGUGCUACCUUCAAGGUGGAAGGCGCUCCAUCAGUCCUUGCAGCCACAGAGUAGAAGAUCCAUUUUCAAAGAGUACCGUAUGAUGCAUUAAUGGAGUAAUGUGUUUAUGUGCUUGUGACUGCAAGGCAUGCAAGAGGCCAUGUAAAUACCUUUAAUGAUAAUUUUGAGAAGAGUGUGACUUGUAGUAGAGUUUAUUAUGGUGUAGUUUGUUCAUUUGAUAGGAUUUACUGUGUGGCCAGUGUACAGUUGUGCUUUCUAAUGUAAUAAAAAAAAUAUGCUUCUGGGUUCUGGCUUGAGAUUCUCUAAUACUCAUUCCAGUAGCUGACCAAGAUAACUUAUAUUGGGGUAGCUAAAUGGAUAAAGAACUGUUAAUUAAAAAAUUAAUUAAAUUAAAAAAUAAGUUAAAUUAUUAAUUU